GGAUUGAUUUCAACACAAGUGACAAUGUUUGGCAGUAAAGAAACACUAACACCACAUCUUUGUCGGGCAUUUGUAGGGAUGGUUACGUCAUCGUGAAGCUUACAACAACACAUGGUGUCGAAUAACCCGGACUUUGCGCGGGUAUUUCGCCAGGGUGCUUAUUUUCUUCGCGAAUUCGCAGUUCCGCUUGAUAUUAUCAUCCACGUAAAAGAGGCUAUCAAUGUUCCCCCCACAUCCAUCAACAGUCCGUCCGAGGUUUGCUUGACUUCUCUGAUGGGCCAAUUUUGAAGAUAGCACAAGCUCUGCACAUAUAAGCGGCGUGGUCUGGAACUCAUCGCAGCCAUUUCUUCUCUUGACUGGUUCGACUACUUCCAUUUGACAUCUGGGCUAUCUUUAUCAUCAAACAAUGGCAGUCAAAGCAGAUCUUUAUAGUUACAUCAAGCCCUCGGCUGUGCCGUUCUACCAAACUCCUUCGUUUGUUCUGGGAGCUAUUGUUGUGGCCUAUCUUGUAUUCAAGAUACUCAGAAGUGGCCGACGUGAUCCUCGCAUGCCUCCUGGACCUCCUACCAUCCCGAUAUUUGGUAACGCACUCCAGAUUCCAACCACGGGAAUAGGCAGAAAAUAUCGCGAAUGGGCCGAUCAGUACGGUCCAGUCUUCUCUCUCAAAGUCGGACCUACCAACAUGGUUGUUUGCUGCGACAAGAAGUCCGUCAAUGCCAUGAUGGACAAGAAAGGCAAGACCUUCUCCGACAGACCCUUCAACUACGUGACGAAUUAUAUCACCCAUGGUGAUCAUGUGCAGCUCGAAAGUGUUUCUCCUUCAUGGAGAGAGAAGCGCGCGGUGGUCACGAGAAACCUUGCUCCGGCGUUGUUGGAUGAGAAACACUGGAAGGUCCAGGAAGCAGAAGCUGCUAUCUUCUUGAACAACAUCCUAAAAUAUCCGGAUCACAUAAUGGACUAUGCGAAGCUGUAUACGACGUCCGUUGCCUGCACUCUUAUCUGGGGUCAACGUAUCACCGAUCUCAACUCUUUCUGGUUCAAGGAUUUCAAUGAUCUAAUGGAUGUUUGGAUCGAAGCGGAAGAGCCGGGAGCUAAUCCACCUAUCGAUGAAUUUCCAAUUUUGAAGUAUUUCCCUGGCAAAUGGAAGAAGCGUGCCGACAAAUGUCGCGAUAUGAUGGAUGACAUGUGGGACAAGGCAAGAGCCAUUAUCGACGAGCGCAGAGCCAAAGGGAUCCGAAGAGACUGCUUCAUUGAUACCAAGCUUGACGAGUAUGCUCAAAAGGGAUGGCCUAUGUCUCAGCAUGCGUUCAACAAUCUCUUCGGCGAACUUCUGGAGGCUGGAGCAGAUACGACCGCCAAUCAAAUUUUGACCCUCAUCCUGGCGCUCGCAAAAUAUCCCGAGAUUCAGAAGCGAGCAAGAAAGGAGAUUGAUGCAAUUUGCGAUGCAAGCCAGAGCCCACAGUUUGCCGUUCAUUUCGACCAGAUGCCCUACAUUAACUGCAUUGUGAAAGAAGGAAUGAGAUGGCGUCCUACUGCCUCCGGGGGAUUGCCGCAUCUUUGCACUGAAGACUAUUGGUAUGAUGGCAUGUUGAUCCCUAAGGGAACAAUUUGCUUCGUCGGUGUAUGGGCUAUUCAUCAUGACGAGAAGCUGUAUCCUGACCAUGAUAAAUUCAACCCCGACCGAUAUCUGGAUCAUCCAAAGCUUGCCAGUGACUAUGCCGCUUCGCCCGAUUACAACAACAGAGAUCACUAUGGGUACGGUGCUGGACGUCGGAUCUGUCCGGGAAUGCACUUGGCCGAGCGCAAUAUGUGGCGUAUAGUUGCCAAACUAUUGUGGGCCUUUGAGCUUUCUGAACCCGUGGAUCCUGUUUCUGGUAAUGUGAUCCCUCUGGAUGUCGAGGCUUAUAACUCUGCAAUUUUACUUCGUCCUCUUCCUUACAAAGUCACUGUCAAGCCGCGAAGCCCCGAGCACCUCAAGACUGUCCAGGGAGAAUUGGCGGGUGCUAUGAAGUUUAUGUCUAAAUGGGAGUAGGUGGCCUCAGGAGUGCCUUGUACUGAACAUAUGUACCGAAUGUGAAGCGUUGUGCUGAGAUUCAAUUUAUUUGUGUUGCUCGGAAUUAGUCAAUAGUGAUAAUUGUACUACCAGUGAAUUAAAUUCUUCUUCAGCCUAACAACUUAUCUCAGCGUACAACAGGCUAUCGUUUUUCUGCGCAACAUCACAUUAGUAAAAGAGCGUUGAUCCAUUAGUCAUCUUAGCGACCAGAGAAGCUAUUCAACAAAGUACAAGUUCAAGCACAUGAGGAGGCUUUACUCGACUCUUCG